AUGAGUCAGCUGACUCCGAGAUCUAGCGCAGGGUCAGAAAGUAGAAAACGAAAAAUCACCGAGUACAUGUCGGACCACAGGUCGCCAAAGAAAGAACGCCUAGAAGAAGAUGACGAAAAUGAUGAUGACGUGGAAUCAGAAUCGGAGUCACUCGCAGCAACAGAUGGGACCAUUCUUGCGCCAAAAUACGUGCUUAAGUUUAAGGAGGCCUUCGAGUUGCACCUCAAAAUGGGCAAACAGCAAGCGAGCAGCCUAAAGCAGCUUAAGAAGGUGGCAACCGAGUUUGCAAACAACUCCGACUUUGAGGACAAGGAAAGACUGGUUACAUCGCUCAUGCAUUACAUCCGCUACUCACUUCGACAAGGUGUGCUAAGCAUUGGCCUAGGAUUGCAAGCACUGGAAGAAGCACUCAACAAAGGAACCUCUGUACACGUUUUCCCCGACUUCCCCAAACGUCCACCAGUUGCCGCCGUUUUCUACGCAAAAAAGAGGAACAUCACCUACACAAUUACGGCAGUGAAGGCACUGAAUGAACGAAUGAAUGGGGACACGUUUGGAAAGGAGCAAGCGGAAAAGGAUACGUUGGAGGCCGAAUGGAAAUACUUACGCGAACUUGAGGCUUUUCUGAGUAGCCACAAAGAAGCCGAUGACUUGACGCAAGGCCAGAUCGAGUAUGUGAAGACGAUGAUCGCCAACAAGAAAAAGAAGCUCGAUCCUCAACCAAAGCGUAUUGCUGCUGGAGGGAAAAAUGGAAAGUCGGCAACAAGAAAGGAUCAACCCAAACCGAAAACGCCGCUUGAUAUAUACAUGGCCGGAAACCCGACAUUGUUUGCGGAAUAUUCGCCUGAGAAGCGCCUUCGCAAGUUUGAGAAGAGGUUCAACAAACUCGAUGACGGGGAGCAAGCCGUUUACGUGAACAUCGCCAAGUCAAGUGGUUAUGCC